UUAUGGAGAAAACCUAAUGAAUAACGGAUUUUAUUCUUGCAUUGACUUAGCAGUUAGCCAUCCAUUUGUCUACUUGGCUAAAGGCCGAGGGGCUACAACUGUGGUGGAGGGUAUAAAGGCGACCACAGGAUCCACAGGAACACUGUAUAUAAUACACCACGCACCCCAAACAUCAUGGAUAUAGGGCCUAGUUAUGACAAUGGCGAGAGAAGAGAUAUUAAAACAAAAGCUAGAUGCACAAAGAACCCGAACCAAACUACAUUUGAAGGCUGUUUCUUAUUUCCAUAUUCAGUGAAGGAUUAUACUAUGAAUGUGUAUGCGAUUGAUUCGAAGGAGAUUUAUCUGCUACCAUCCAAACACUAGGAACAAGGGAGGACACGAUGAAGGAGGCAGUAACAGCUUCACUUAGUCCACGACUUGACCAAGGAAAAUGUUAAUAGUGCCAUUGGAUUUAUUAUUUACGACCGACAAAUGGAAAUAUUUCUAUAGAGGAUAGCUACUUGGACGAGUGUUAGACAACGGGCUCAACUCGAUCACACCGAUACCCACGUGGUCACUUUGACUAUAUCUCAACGUGUGUUUAGCCAGCCACUGAAUCAUGUUUCACCACCCUUACCUGGAGCGGGGAAAGGACAGGAGGUGGUAACCUUACCAUUAAAUAAUUAUAUUUCCUGUAGAUAAGUCGCAUUUCUGUUUUACUUCACAGUUGGAAACAAUAAUAAAUUCCCAAAAAGAUCGGCUGAUCUGCAGUGUGAUUUUGGUUGAGUGAGCGUUAAACCAAUCAUACUACAUGGCAAGCAGUAUCUGCUGCACGCGUGGUGUCGCGGGUACUAGCAGGGUGUCGCCUUAGCAGAGGAGUGCACUGUGUAUAUUGUUUGUGACAGGAUUACUGUUCGGGUACAGAGGCUGAUCACGGCCUUUAACAUCCAUAAGGGACCGGGAUGAUGGCGAGCGUGUUGUUACUACAAACUUUAACCGUUCUACAUAUCAUGUUACUGUCAAACCGGGUAGGCGCUGAAAGAUUCUUCCAAUAUCGGGAUCAUCGGGAUCAGGGCAAUUUCGUACGACUUAGAAAAAAUACCAAUAUGGUGAGGAACGUUUUAGAAGCCGAGAUGCAACUGGAAAAAUAUGGAUAUUUACGAUGUAAAGUCAGACGAAAACGUCGUUCGUUGGACACGAAUCCAAUGGAGAACCAACCAUCUCAACAUUCCCUUCACGCAAUGGUGGAAGAGGAAGUCCCUGAGUGUAGUGACAUUGAGGUACAAAAUGCCAUACGGCAUUAUCAGAAAACAUAUAAAUUACCAGAAACGGGUGUUGUGGACGAAGAGACUCGGAUACUUAUGAGCACGUCCCGGUGUGGUAACGCGGACAACGAAAAAGAUAGACAAAAGCAGCGGGAAGCUGCUGCAGCGGCUGCAGCUAAGGCUGAAACAGAAGCAGAAAAUCUUAAACAAGUAUUAAAUAAUAAUGACCAUUUUCAAACAAUAGCAAAAGCGAGAAAUAAAGGGAGUCGUCGGCCGUGGAAACGGUCAACAAAAAACACAUUAUUAAUGAAAGCUUUAACUGGUGAUAUUAAUAAUAGAGUAAUAGGUAAAUCAAGAACUAAAUACAUUCAAGAUUAUAAAACUAAAUUAAAAGAAGAUAAUAAAAGACUACUUGUGAAUCCAGAAAGGCAAAAAAGAGAUACUACGAGUGUCGUAUCCAUGGUUACGAACACUAGCAUAUGGGAUGGACAGAAAUUUACAAAACAUGAUAUCGCUUGGAGAUUACUUGAAACUGGAUUUAGCACAAGAAUUCCUGUGGAAGAACAAAGAGCUAGUCUUAAUUUAGCGUUUAGAAUGUGGAGUGAAGUUAUUCCUAUUCGAUUCGAGGAAACAAAUUCUGGAGAUAUAAGAGAUGUGGAUAUAGAAAUUGCCUUUGGAAGAGGUUCACAUCAGAAUUGCGGGCGGCGGUUCGACGGUCACGGUGGAGAGAUUGCCCAUUCCGUGAUUGGAGGAAAUGUUCAUUUUGACGAUGAGGAGGAUUACAAGUCUAUAGAGUCGAUUAAUAUGGAGAAGGAUGGCAUCUAUCUUCUCCGGGUAGCUGUGCACGAAAUCGGGCACGUUCUCGGACUGACCCACACGGACAAACCGUAUUCUAUCAUGUACGCCAUCUAUCAGUCGGUGGCUUCCGAUAAGGAGUUCGAGUUGGGUUGGGAGGACAGGAAACAAAUACAGACACUUUACGGUGUCUGUAAGGGCCGGUUCAGUGCGGUGUUCGACUGGGUACGGAAGCGACCUGACAACCAGUUCAUUUUCAACACGUACUUUUUCCGUGAAAACCACUACUGGAUGUACGAGAAUCAUGCCAACCGCACGCGCUAUGGCGACCCCCUGUACAUUGCACGUGAGUGGAAGGGUGUGCCCGAUGACGUCGACGCCUAUAUCCACGUCUGGUACUUCGCUGGCAACGUCAUCAUAGAUGAUGCUUAUUUCUUUAAAGGCGAGAACUACUACAAGUACAACAGUGAGGGUGAUUUGGUGUACGAUAGCUGGCCGCGACUAAUCCGAGAUGACUUUGGCCCCAAACCGGGCGAGGAGGGAGCUGAAGGCGUUCCGGAUCAUUUGGAUUCAGUUUUCUUCGAUAUGAGGGAUAGGAAUAUCUAUUUCUUCAAAGGCGAAUGGGUUUACGUAUUCGAUCCGAAGGAACCCGAGGAGACCCGUGGAUGCUGCAUUCGGAAGCGGAAGUUUGUAGAGGAGUUCCCGACCGUCGAGGGAGACGAGCAAUUAACUGGAGAUAUUGACGCUGUUUAUUACUCAUACAAAAACAAAACAGUUUAUUUUAUCAAAGACGAACAUGUUUGGCAAAAUUAUCUUUUUCAUCCCCGACAAAGGACACAGAUUAGAAACGCUAUAAAAUAUGUAGGUAAAUGGUAUGAUAUGUGGUACGAUAUUUGCGAUGUACGCAAAAUGCACGACGAACCCUUCGAAAUUCAGAGUGACAUUGUGCCUGCACCGGAACCGGAUGACACCGAGCCUGGAACGUGAUCAGGACUUAUCAGUCAUAGGAGAUUACACGAAAACAAACAAAAUAUGGGAGCAAAUCAUGAUCAAAAUUAUAUUGCUAUCUGUAAUAAGAAACACUGAAGCCGUUCACGUGAUAACCGUUGGAUUCUACAGGAAAUGGUACACCGGUGGUGACUCGUGUGAGCUAUCUUUACGUGAAGUUCUUCUCACAGACUACUUAUAUCUAUUUAUUAAAACCAUUUCCGUAAUACAGUUCCUACGACAUCCGGGCAAUCUUAACAUACGACAGACAAAAAAAACUGUCACUUCCGCUACGCGGAUAUCAUAUAGAUUCUCGGUUUUUGAUGACGUCAUAAGUAAUACCGGUUGUUCUUGUGAUGCCAUCCAGUAAAUAUGCUGUUGAUAAACUAAAUAUACGCAAGAACUUGCUGGCGAAAUAGGACUUUUUCAUUCGAUCAAAGGAUAGAUUGUCGAAUGCCUCACGUAGACCUAUUUAAUGUAACAUGAGUACAUUCCCUGCUGACCGAGGUGAUGAAAACUUCCUUCGUUGACUACAAAUGUGUGAAAGAAGACAAGCAUCACUGUUUACUCGUAUCAUAUCUCUACAUAUGCCGAACUGUUUGGACGUCACAGCGGUCAGUGAUGGACACUGGCACCCGUGGGUCUUUUAAGCUAGGUUGUGCCAUACCUUCAAUAGUUCGGACUAUCGGACACUGUCACUACACUUGGGGUAAAUGUUAAUUGUUUCCAGGAUGUUGUCGCUGCAAAUGCGCACUCCAUUGUAGUAUUGAUGACAGGAAGAGUUGUUGUGGUACUGAGCCCUGCACUGUGUAUAGACACCUCGACAUGUACAUAUACAUAUAUAUAUUUAUAUUGGUUCAUUGUGAAGUCAUUCGAUGCUGUGAUAACGCUAUUUUGUACAAAUAGUAGGAUAGUUAUUUAUUCAUUCAAACUGAUGUCCAAGGAAGGUACAAUCUACUCACAAUGUAUGACUUGUUUGCUAUUCUUCAAAUCUUAUUUAAUUUCGUUAGUACUAACGAUCAGUUCUGUUGUGCUAUGUAUAUCUCAUACUCGUAAGUAAUUUAUUUAUUUGAUCAAAUGUUGAUAGUUAACUACAUAUUUGUAUAAAACCCCACGUGUAUGGGGAAGUAUUUAUAAAAUUAAAUACCAUUCACAGUGCUUUACUAGUUUUUAACUAAGUAAUAUUACAAUUAAUUCAAUAUUUGAAAAAAGCAAUCUUUGAGGUUUACAACCUCAGACGUAACUAAUUAGCUUUGGUACAUUACUGCUGAAGCCGGUAUCGUAUGAUGCUGACACCACUCCGAACAGGAGCCACUGCUGUUUAAGGUAACUUAUCAUCAUUGUAUAAACUUAUUGUUCAGAGGUACCAUUCUGUCUCAAAUCAAGUGAUGUCGUAAUCGUCAUCGUAUGUACAUAAAUACGGCUUUUUGAUUGUGUACAAUUUACGAUGUGUGCAUUGUAAUAUGAUUGUAUUGUAAAUCACCACAGUAAAUUACAUAUACUAUUUGACGACAGAAUUCACAGUUGCCAUACAACCUAAAUAUUUGUGCAAUACGGAUCGGUACUGCGUCUGAUAUACUAGCGGGGUACAGUUUAUUUAUAUCACUGGCGUUCUAUAUAGACUCAUUGUAACACGCAGUAUUGUGUUGAUGUAUUACACUGGAUGGAUUCGCUAAACAUUACGUCAUUUCCGUUACGUCACAACCGUUAAUCUAGUAUCGUUGUUAAACUGUUAUCAACUCAUGCCGUUUGUAUGUCAAUGUAAGUAUUUCAUCAAAUCAUUGCCAUUGACAUCGUCUUUGUCAUUAUUGUGUUUUCAUUGUCACCGAUCGCCUGUAAUAAGUCAUGCUCUGGAUUAGAAGAUGUAACGAUUCCAGACAUAACGUUAUGUUUUGAGAUUUUAAUUUGGUUAUGUGUAUAUUUUUACGUAUUUUAUUUAUACCACUUCAUUUUUCAUCAGUUCGAUGUCAGAAACUGUUGAAAUUGUCGUCUGUUUUCAUCAAAUCUAUCGUCGUCGUUGACAUUUUUAUUGUUAAGUAUCGAGACAUUAAUCCAUACUCAUGUGUUCAUUGCGUAUUGCACUGGUUAAAGUGUCUUGGACCUGAGCCUCGCUCUGAUGCCCUUUACCGAGGUGUGUCACUUCGUUAUCAUCGUAUGAUGGUUUUACUGGCACAUGUCGCCAGACCUGCACGUGAACUACGUGGUUCAGCUUUGGCGUCAGUGGUGAAAAGAACAAGAAAUAAAAACUGAACUCAAAA